AUGGCUAAAGAUAAAAUUGAAGUUCGUCUGCAACAGUUACUUGACAAUGAAUUAUCAUCUUCAUCAAAUGAUAAGAAAAAAGUUGACUCUGCUUAUGAAUCUUUAAUUAAUAUUCUUCAAACACCUGAAAUACGUCAACAAUUACAUGGAUAUCAUGAAUUAAUUUUUGAAUGUAUAUCUCAAAUAAUCCUCACACCAUCGAAUCAAUUGUUUAGCGAUGAUGAAUUACUUUUCUUACUGGAAUCAGCAUCAAACGCAUGCGUUUUAUCAAUGUCACAAAAUCAAAUCAUUGAUAGUUGGUUACAAAACAUAGAAGAACGUACGUUUGAAAAACCAGAUAAUUAUGAUGACAACGAUGAUGAUGAUGAUUUAUAUGAAGAUUUAACUGAAAGCGAAGAGGAAGAAGUAGACGAAAAGGUUACGAUAACAAAAGACAAUAAUAAAAGAUCAAAUAGAAGUGAAAUGAAUAAAAAUCAAGAAAGACAAGUGUUCACUCUUGAUUCAUUUCGUCAUGGAUUUAAUUCAAUGUCAUUGCAACAGAAAAAUCAACCAUUACCAAAACCAAUAUCGAAUCAAAGUAAUCUUCAUACUACACAUUCACAUGAUAAUCGAAAUGAUCAUCAAAAAUUUGAACGAAGUAAUCAAAAGGAAAAUUCAGCUCGCAGCAACAAUCAUCGAAACUUCACAGGUAAAAAUGACAAAAAUAGUCUGAUCAAAGGACCCAAUGAUAAUGUGGCUAAAGGACGUCGAGCACCUCCAUUCGAUAACAAGUACGGAGUUGAUCUUCGACUUUAUGAUUGUUAUAUUUGUGGUGAAUAUGGUCAUGUACAAUAUGAUUGUCCUAAGAAACAAGGCCAUUCGAAAGUUGCAUCCGGUGAUCGUACUUCUGUUGACGUUACAAAUAAGAAAGAUCGAAACCAAUCAAAAUCUAUUUCAUCAGUAUCUUCACUAGAAAUAAUUAGUAAUCAAAAAGAUCUAGAUACCAUUCAACAAGUUUAUAAUCAAUCAACAAAAUUACUAAAUAGUUCGCAAACUAUUGAAGAAAGAAAUAAAACAUUUGAAUCGUUUCUUUCAUUGAUAAAACAGCUUCAACGACAAAAUGGAGAAAAGCUUUCAAAACAUUUUCAUGAAAAAGAAUCAAUUUUCUAUUCGCUUUUUUGUCAUAUUGCCCAAAAUACUUAUCUAUUUACAAAUGAUCAAUAUUCAAAAUUAUAUCGCCUGAAAAAUAUUUUACUACCAACAAAACAUAAUCUAGUAAAUGAAGAUCGGUCAAUAUUUUCUCGGCAACGUACUUUACUACCUUUAAAUACUUUAGCGGAACAUAUGAAAAAUACGAAACAAAUUCAAAAAACCACAUUUAACGAUUUUCAAGAACACAUUCUUCGCUCAACAACACCUAUAUCCACGACUUUAUUUAAUUUAAUCAAAUGUGCACUCAAAUCAAGCACAUAUAUGGAUGUGAAAUGCUGUGAAAAUUUUACGAAAACAAUUUUAUUUGAUUUAAAGAAAGAUAUUUUUUCAAACGAACAACUUAAUGAGCUUCAUUCAUGUUUGAAUGUUCGUAUGAAACGUUUUGAACAUAGUCGUCUAAAAGAAGUUUGGAAAGAACGAUUAGGAUUAUUUAAAAAUGAUAAAAUAACAGCUGACCUAAACAAAUGGAUCUCCGAGUUUGAAACAAUUUUAAAAAUAGAUUUUAAUGAACCCAUAAAAUCGGAAGCAAUCAUUGUAGAUAAUGCAAUGUGGUAUUUUGCUGUCUUAUUAAUGACUAGUAGUGGCCAUUUAAGUAAAGAUCAAUAUGAAUAUUUACUAAAAUUAGCUAUUCAAUCCUCAUUAUUUAAUUCUAUACAAAAAUUUUAUUUUCAAUUCUAUUUGAAUCAAGGAAACGCACCAAUAACUAUUCACGAAUUAAAUCAACUUAGAAUUAAAUUAGAAAGUGAUAGUGUUGACGAGAAAAAAUUUGUUUACGAAGCAAUAAAAUUGAUACUGGAUAGAAAAAAACCAACCUUUAAUAAUGAAAAAAUAGAACACGCUUCAUCUGAUAUUAAUAAUUUAUCUCAAUGUAAUGAUCAGCCAAACAAAUCAGAAGAUACUAUUCCAAUAAUUGAUAAUCAUGUUCUAUCCCGUUUGAUUUCUCUGAUGGAAACGAUUUGUACUGAUACAAAAACAUUUUCAUCCGAACAACUAAAAGAAUUACUGGAUAAAUUUCUGUAUCAAUCAAUAAUUGUUCGGCCGUUAUCAAAUGCUGAGCAACAACGAUUACUGUCCUAUUAUUCUUUUCCUAUAUCAUUGAAUGAAUUGAAAACAUAUUGUUCAAGAACGCAAUUAGAUUUAAAUGAUCUUCUUUGCUUACUUAAAAAAAGACCAUUGAUAAAUAAUGAAGAAUUAUAUGAUUUCUUGACUCAAACAAUUAUACAAAUAUUUGAAGAUCGAGAAAAAUUUUCCAAUGAGAAAUGUCAAGAAUUAAAAAUUUUCGUUCAAAAACAAAUUCUUGGGAAAAAACGUUAUCGAUUAAUCAAUGAAAACUAUGUAAAGUUUCGUUGCAAUAAAAAAAACUUGCCAAUAAUUAAUCGAACUAAACUCAACGAACUGUUAAAUAAUAUUCUUUUACAAGAUUAUCAAUCUCAUUUAGAAUUUUUCACUUUCUUAGAAGAAAUUUCUCAAUCGAUCGAUUUCAAAGAGAUAUCGAUUGAAUUUGAAAUAGUUCGUUGUUUUGUAUCAACAAUUAUUCUUGUCAUAGCCGACGCUAAUUACUCAAAUUUAUCGAAUUUUGCUUCGUUUCAUCAACGUUUAAAAACUAUUUUGGAACAAAAAAGAAAUUAUUUUUCGUCAGUUCUUUCUGAACAACAAUAUAAACUUAUUCUAACUCGUUUAACACCAAUAUUGAAUGUUGAUUCAUUGAUUGACAUAUUAAAAACAAAUUUAAAUCAAAUUAAUUUUUCCAACUUAAUUGAUUUUAUUAAAAAUGAGUUGAAGCAUCAAGAUGAUUUUGAAAAAUUAAUUCAUUUUCUGCUUUAUACAUUUGAUAACGAAUUUUUAUCCAUUGAACAAACACUUGAAAUAUCUAAUCUAAUUUAUAACCAUUCAAAUUUUAAUAAUAAAUCAUUAAAAAAUCUUCUUCAAUAUCUUAUUGAAUUACUUAAAUCUAAUGUUCAUUCAUCACCGAAAGUAUUUCUCAAUUUAAUUGAAAAUAAUCAAGAAAACAAUCAAAUUGUUAAUCAAAUUACAAUUAUGUUAACAGCUCAAAAUGGAAAAUAUGUUGUUGCAGACUGGAGAAAAGCAAUGAUGAAUAUAUUGAAAAUUCUUUGUAAUCGACGAGAUCGGAAUGAACAAUUAAAAGAUAUUGCUCAACAAUCAUCAAUGUUUAAUAAAACUACAUUCAAACAAAAAUUAAAAUCAUGUUGGGAACAAACACCAGAUAAUACAGCUGAUGAAAAUAAAGAACCUGAUGCUAUUCCUAAGAAUGAUAAUAAAAAUGAAUCGCCUGCUAUGCAUCGUGAACUGUUUCGUAAUUUGGAAUCAAAUGAUGCAUCAAUGAACGCACUUGCAGUACACCAACUACAUACAUGUCUUCUUAAUCAACAACUUCCAUCGGAACUUUUGCUUCAAAAGUUUAUUCAAGCUAUUAAUAUUGUAAUAAGAAAUGCUCAUAAAUUUACUGAAAUAUCAUGCAACGAAUGGGAAACAUUAAUUGCUGAAAAUCGUGGCAAGAUUUUUUCAAGCGAUGCCCAGUGCGAUCAAUUACUAAUGGAAAUACUUUUAGUUCGUCUCAAUAUGCCAACGGAUACAAUGAAUACAUUGAAUCGAUUGAUACAAUCAAAAAAACCACACGAAAGAACUAAUGGAGUGAAUCGAUUUAUUUUACUUUUGAAAAAUACACAAAUCAAUAAUGCGAAAAGUAAAACAAUGAAUUUACCAACUAUAUCAAAUCAAUUCUAUAAUACAAUAACUCGAGUUGUAUUUGAUCAAAAAUUCGAUGAUCGUCAAGUGCGACAAUGUUUAACAACAGCUAAAAAUUCUUGGUUAUUAAAUAAUGGUCAUCGAGAAAAACUAAAUAAUAUUUAG